AUGGAGAAACAACGCCAGCUGUACGAUAUCGACACGGUUGCCAUCUGGAACCCCAACGACAGUGCAGACGCGUCUCCACCAUCUCCUACAGAUGACAACGACUCUAACUCCGGCUCACAACAACAACAACUUGCCUUAAUCGACAAGGACACUAAACGGAGGGUCUCACAGUGGAAGCAAUGGCUCCUUCGACGCGUUGCCGUCAAUAUCUCGCCACUGUUUCUCACCACAACCGUCCCCUCUGGUCUCGCAUCCAUCCUCACUCCACUAAAGUCCUCGUGGCAAGUCUCCUUGAGUCCUGACAGUCAGUUCCUUGCUGUCAAUCAUGACGACAAGAUCGAAUUCAGGACACUCAACUCCAGCUAUCAAGUCGUUCACGCGGUCUGGAGCGGCGGCAAGAAGAACGACAUGUAUCCGAAAUGGAGGAAAGUUGCCUGGAGCAUGGACUCGAGAUUGGUGGCAAGGAGCUUCAGCGAUGGUACCAUCGAAAUUGUAAACACCAAGGGGCACCUCAUCGGAUCCAUUAUUCCUCGGGAUCAACCACCCGCCGAACAUGAACAGCACAUCACCCCUCCUAGCCCGUUCUUUGUUGAGCCUCUCAGUUACGUGGGUUUUGUCAACGUUCGGAGGAGCAAGGCUGCAGAGGGAUUGGGUGUCACCUUCAACGGACACACAUACGCGUACGAACUCUUGACAAUCACUUAUGACGGCAUCCUCCGGAGCUACCUUUUCAACACAUCAGAAGCCCUCGACCACGCUGUCUCUGACCCAACGUCCCCGAGCUUGGACCAUCCAGCCAGCAAAAAACUCCAACACCGCCGAUCCCUCCUGGCAACUCAGUCUCUCCUCACACCCCGGCAAACUUCCUGGCCAAGAGAAGGGUUCUCAGACCCUGGAUUCUUUUGCUUCCACCACAAGUUCACUCUGCAACCUUGGUUCCGGACCGUCACCUGCGCCUCUGUCGAUGAGCAAACUGGCAUCCUUUGCGUUGGAGGGGCACCAAUUCAGAGCAAGAAUACAGACGAUACGCCUGGACCGCAACCAAGAGUCAUGUUCUUGGCCACGGAGCACAACGCCCCCUACUACAGGAAAUACAAAUCGGAUGGCCAGUUGGAAACCUCAGUUGACACCGCAUUGGCAAGAACGGGACUUUCCCCGGACACAAAAAAAUCAGGAUCAGGGCUUGCCGCUGUGGGGCAAACCAUUCACAGGCUAUUCGAGCGGGAUGCAGAUUUGGUCCAAAAUGCGGUUCACACGGUUGUCAUCCAUGAGAAGUACGGCGCUCUUUCCCUCGACUGUUCUGGAACACUCACCAGCUGGGCACUUUCCAAGGAACGGGGCGGCGUUUUAAAGAUGACUUGGGACAGCGAACAUCUCAACUACUACGCCAGAUCCAGGGAGCACAGCUCCCUCUCCUUCCAAGAGUUCCAGGAGCUUGUCAAGGAAUACAAAUCCAACGGGACAUCGGAACUCCUCAUCGGCGUCGUCAACGGGAGAUGUGUUUCGAUGCGAUUCUGGACAAAGGACGCCAUCCUGUUGGGCUAUGAGAGCGGAGUGAUGAUUGUUCUCCAGAUCCCUGAGCUGGUCAACAUUUUGGGACAGGAGCCCAAGGUGUUUGCUUCGUGCCUCGAGUUCACUAACUCUGGCUUCAGUUCGCAUGAUGAGCAGGUCUUUGUCAUGGAAGAGAUGACCAGGAUGAUCCGUGCGCGCGUUGUUGGCGACCGAUGGAUUAUGAUGACGGAGCAGGAGGACAAGGCUUUGGGCGAGCCCACCGAGCAGGAGAUUGCCCAGAUGAUGGGCAACGAGCGUCUUCUCUUCAAGUGGAUCGCCCAGUUGUCAAAAUACUUUGAGUCCAAGGAGGUUGGCGACCAUCGAGGAAGACGACAAAAAUUCAUACUGGUGCCAAAGCGAACGCUAUCGCUCUACAGGAUGCUCCGAGUUCCUCCAGAAGAACUCCUCCAUCGCAAGUUGGAUGCAAGGGACUACUCUUCAGCACUCACUCUCGCCACAACAUACGAGCUCGACACCGAUAUUAUUUUUCAGCAUCAGUGGCGGCAACUCACCUACGUCAACGCCGAGGUUGUUUCGACCCUACUGGACAGGAUCAAGAACAAGGACUGGGUUCUUGCGAGCUGCAUUGACAACACCAUCGACGAUCUCGAGGGUUCCCGGAUUCUUCUCGAGUACGGACUUCGGCUGACGGAAGGACUUAUGGACGACAUCAUUAGGCGGUGUGAGCUGGGUUCGGACGUCAGGAUUGAUUGGAUUCGAGCGGCUGCAGCCAGGGAGCCUAUGGGUCCGAAAACCAGUAAGGCUCUGCUUGAGGCCCAGUUGAACGAGCAGGAGACGCUCUGGUGCAAGUACCGGUGGUAUUUCCUAAAGUAUCUCAAUCGCCUUUCUACGUUUAUUGAGCUGACCACGGUCGAGAAGGAGAUCAGGGCGCGAGAGGAGGCAAAGGAGGAAGAAAUGCGACCAAAACCACAAGCGCAGGGCCAGUUGGACCCGCUCGGCAUGCACUACGAUGAUACUCCGGAACACAAGGCGCCACUUCGACCAUUGCUCACAGGAUCGUUCAACACCUUCAAAGACAUGGAUCUUUCGGCUCAGGCAUGCUUCUUUGCGGAAGCGGAGUUUAUUGAAGGCGUCAAGAUUCUGUUCACUCGACACAACCGCGAGACAUGGCCCUGGAGGCUCGCUAUUGCCAACCGAGUCCCUGAGGCGUGCCCAACAGAACUUUACAAGGACUUGCUGCCACAGAUCGACCCCAAGACCCGACAGGAGAAGGCCUGGGCACCCGACCACCCGUGGAGGGACCUUGACUGGGUUGAGAUCCCUGAGUGCAGGACAGCUCUGUUUGGGUUGGCAGAUCACGAGAUGGAGAUAUAUCUGGAACUUCAUGCGUUGAAGCUGGAGGAGCGUAGGGCGGCUCAUGGAGGAGACGAGGCAGCAAACUUGGAUAUGGUCGCUAUCAAGAAGGAAGUUGAGGAGAUCUUGCCGUCAGCCCUGGCGUUCCCCGCCUCAACCGAGACACUUUCGCAUUGGUACAUUGACAGAGCCCUGGAGAUCGACAGGAAUGCAGCGCAGAUGAUGGAGGAGCGGCGAUUAAUCCAGCACGGAACCAACCACUAUAUCCCUGGUCUGGAGACAAUGAGCGAGGACCUGGAGAUUCUUUGUAAGUUGCUCUACGAGAUCAAGCCCGACAGCCGCCGACCGGAAGCACAAGUGAGAUGGGCUGAUACCGUUUUGGAAAUCUCCCUUGAGCAGUUCUCUCUUAUGAACCCUAUGGAGGUCGUGCAGCUGUGUCUGGGAAUGAGUGAUGAGUUGACGAUCGUGCAGGACGUUCGGCGUCUUGUGUUGCCGUACCUUUCGGUUGUAGUCCCCAGGAGAUGGCAGAGAAAAGACCCCAUCCAUGUGCCAGGACAAGGUCUCCCCGCUGGCUUGGACAUCGACAAUCCCAUGUCGUACCUGUACGCAUUCCUCCUGAGCCAGAGUCCUACCCAUCUCUCAUGGGUCGGGGCCAUUGUAGAAGCCUCCAAACCCGUAUACGAGCCCGAGGAGCGCAUCAUCAGCAACGACAUGGAUCUCUCUUGGCUGACGAUGGCCUGUAUGUACGGAUGCAGGACGGUGGAUGAAUGGAAAGUGAUGAGCGACAUGAUUGUUUGCCUGCCCAUGUUUGAGCAGACAGAAGACGUGGAUGAGGCGGUCGAUAAGGUGCGCCGAGCCGAACUUCGCCAGGACAUCUUUAUUCGAUCAGGAACCGAUCCUCAGGGCACCUCGCCUGUGCUGGCUCACGAUCGAGCUGCACUGCCUCAACAGCUGGAUCCCAUCAACAUGUUCCCCGCCUUCGUCAAGUACGCGCCCACACAGGGCUUGAUGCAGCACGCUCUCGAUACCCUUGAACAACAUUUGACGGCUGCUGAAACCCUUGCUCGGUACGACCUUCCCGUUCGCCUUUCCUGGUUCUUGGAGAAUUCGGACUCUGAGGCCAGUCAGCUUCAGAUGGUCAUCAAGAUGGCACGGUUGGCGAGCGGAGGACCGGAGAAGUUAGGCGAGCGUUUCGAGAGUGAUGAUGAAUGGAUGCUGUUGUUGGAAGAUUUGAUUCGCUUGAGAGGAGGCGAAAAGGGUGGUGGAGUGCUCAGCUUGGUCUCUGAGCAGGACAUUUACCGUGAAUACCUCGCUGGAGUUCUCAGCUGUGGAAAAUUCGAACUCGCCAAGGCUAUCUUGUUCCCCCCUGGAUUGCUCCCACCCGUUCGGCUGGCUGUCGCUGAGAAGUUGGUCAUUGACUGCUCCAACGAGAUGUACAACAAUGCCUCCUCUGGGAAUAGACACCAGGGUCUUAUGAAAAUGGCCUACGACUGUCUAAAGGUGUUGCCAGAAACGACCAACAUUCGGAGAGAGAUGGAUCUGAUUGAAGCAACCAACUUUAUGACAUUGACCUACAAUCUGACGGCGCCAGGAAGCAGCAACACCAUUUUGCCUCUCCAGAUCCGCACUACGGAGAACCGACUCUCCUUGGUGCGACGACUCAUCAUGACACAGGAGAACGCCUACCGCGACCAUGCCGCCAUGUUCGAACUCGCUAUCAAGGUGACAGGCAUUGGACAGAAGAAGGCAUUGCGGCAGCAAGUUGAAAUUCAGGUGGUUGGGAUGCUCAUUGAGGCCGCGCUCAGGGAACGGAAUCAUGUCUUUGCGCUUCAGCAGUCGGAGCGUUUGAUGGACUUGCUCAGGGUCUCUGGAGCUACUGAUUUGAACACCGAUGGGUCACUCAAGAUGCGCCGCGUGAACAAGAGCAGCAGCUUUAACUCGACAACUGGAGCCGAUGAGAACGGAUCGACACCUAUCUCUAGACCCUCAUCUCCUUCUUUGGUCCCUUCGAUGCCUAAUUCGCGAGCUGGUACACCUUUAGGAACUUCUGCGGCUCCUCAUGGCUCCCCCGCACUCGGUGAGAGUGAUGUCGACACAAAGAAGCCCUGGGAGAUCUUUGUGCAGGUGGGAAGCGAAUCAGCAGGACGAGAUUAUUCCAAGCGGUUGGCAGUUCUCGGAUACGCUAUGGCUUGCUGUCCUGCAAACAAGGUCGAGAGCGUUCUGGAGAUCUGGCGGUCACUCGAGAUGGAGUCGGUCCAUGCGCCAGUGCCGGAGACGGAUCCUCGUUGGGGUGUGGCAGGAUUCAUGUCGACCAUGAUGGACAGGACAGGUUCUGGACCUGGAUCCAUUGGACGAGAUAUUGGCGGGUCGGGGUAUGCCCCUGGCGGAUCUAACGCAGGUGGCGGUGGUGGAGCAGGUCCAUUGGCUGAGAUCAUUGGGCGUCGUGAGGGCACGAUGAGCAGUACCCAUGACGAGGGUGGGCGGAGGAGGGACAAGCUCAAAAAAGCAGCAAACAACACCUCCUUCAUGGACAGGACGGCAGAGUUCAAGGCAGCAGUCAACUCGCUGGUCAAUCGCGGCCACAUCCAGACAAGACAUCAGCCAAACUACUCCUCCAACCACCCAGCAAGACGAGGCAAGGAAGCCGCCGCCUAUGCCGACUUUUCCAGGCUCGCAUCGGCCAUCGGCAAGGAGAUCAUUGAAACCUCGACCAAGCUGGAAAAACUGACAAAACGCAAGUACCAGCAGUAA